AUGACUUCUGACACUUUCAAACCGCUAAUUCUGGAUUUGGAUCGCGUGUGGUGGCGUGAGAUUGUUAUCUACGAGAUUUAUGUGCAGUCAUUCCAGGAUAGCAACAAUGAUGGAAUUGGAGACCUCCAGGGUAUCAUUCAGCGGCUUGACUACCUGAAGAGUGUUGGAGCUGAUAUGCUCUGGUUGACACCCAUUUAUGAAUCACCCCUUGAAGACCAGGGUUAUGAUAUCGCAGACUACAAGGCGAUCAAUCCAAUGUUUGGGACAAUAGAAGACUGGGAAAAGCUCUGCGCAGAGGUCCACAAAAGGGGCAUGAAAAUGAUGAUGGAUAUGGUGUUUAAUCACACCAGCUCGCAGCACGCAUGGUUUUUGGAGUCGAAGCAAAGUAGAGAUAACCCAAAGAGAGAUUGGUAUUUCUGGCGAAAAGGAAAGGUGGGAAAAAACGGGGAGCAUUUACCUCCUAACAACUGGGAGUGCUUAUUUGGGGGGUCGGCGUGGAAAUAUGACGAGAAAACCGAGGAAUGGUAUUUGCAUCUCUUUUCGCCAUCCCAGCCUGACCUGAACUGGGAUAAUCCAGAGGUUCGUAAUGCAAUUUACGACGUGAUCGACUUCUGGGGAAAGAAAGGAACUGAUGGAUUUCGGUUUGAUGUCAUAAACUUGGUCUCCAAGGUUCCUGGUCUCCCAGAUGCGCCCAUCAAGAACCCAGACAAGUUUGAGCAGCCAGCCGUUGAGAUGUUCACAAAUGGUCCGAACAUUCAUAAAUAUAUGCAUGAAAUGAACCGGAAGGUUCUGAGCAAGUAUAGCAACUGUACUGUCGGAGAGAUGCCAUGCGGUGUGAAUGAGUACGAGGCUAGUGAGUAUGUUGCCAAAGAGCGACAAGAACUUUCGAUGGUAUUCCAGUUCCAUCAUAUGGAUUUGGACGGCGAGAACGGAGACAAGUGGAAGCCUCGCAAGUGGGAGCUUUGGGAAUUUGAGAAAGUGCUGAGGAUUUGGCAGCAGCACAUGCUUGGAAACAAUGGGUGGAGCUCGCUAUACUUUGAGAACCACGACCAGGCUCGUGCUGUGUCACGAUUCGGAAAUAGUGAUCCCCGGUAUCGAUCCGUGUCCGCGAAGAUGCUCGCCACGAUUCUAUUUGCGCUGAGAGGAACGGUUUUUAUCUACCAAGGCCAGGAGUUGGGAACUCCUCAUCCACAGAACUGGAAAAUUGAAGACUAUAAGGAUGUUGAAACACAGCAAUACUACAAAGCUCAGCAUAAAAUCCGCAAGGAAAAAGAUCCUUCAAAGGAGCCUGAUAUGUCCGAAGUUAUGGAUGUCAUCAAAGUGAAAGGAAGAGACAAUGCGCGCUCCCCGAUCAUGUGGAACAACUCGGUCAAUGGAGGGUUUACUUCUCCGAAUGUGAAACCCUGGAUGAGGAUGAACGACCAGUAUGCCGACAUCAACGUCCAGGCCCAGGAACGCGAUCCUGACUCGGUUCUCAAUUACUACAAAAAGCUGGCACAUCUCCGCAAGCAACAUCCCCUCAUGUUCUACGGAGCCUACGUGCCAGUCAACCCGACUGAUCCAAAAGUGUUUUCCUUCCUUCGGACCCAAGGCCCAUAUCGCAGCUUGAUAUUCUGCAAUUGGUCAGAUACGCACACUGAUUUUGAAAUUCCCGAGGAGAUUGACGUGGACCUGGCUGUGCCGCUCAUCGCAAACUACCACCUUGACGACGCACCUCUUCCCCAGACGGUUCCGCUGAGACCCUAUGAGGCUAGAAUCUAUUCUCUUCGUAACUAA